UGACGGGUGGGUGCCUGCGGGUGAGUUCCCGGUGGCUCCUCGGGCCGGAGCGGGGAACGGAGGCGAGGGGCUUCGCCCGCAUCUCUUUGGACCCUGGGGGAGGGCCGGCUAAGCCCGCGGGAGCCCCGCGGCGUCCUCGCGCGGCCCUGCUGUCCCCGCGGCCCGAUGGCGCCGCCCGUGGACCCGGCGCAGGUUUUGGUUACCUUCAAGGAUGUGGCUGUGACCUUCACCCAGGAAGAGUGGGGACAGCUGGACCUGGACCAGAGGGCCCUGUACCAGGAAGUGAUGCUGGAGACUUGUGGGCUUCUGGGCUCACUGGGGCAUCCGGUUCCCAAACCAGAGUUGACCCACCUACUGGAGCAUGGGCAGGAGCUAUGGACAGGAAAGAGAGGCCUCUCACGUAGCACCUGCUCAGGUGACAGUGCAAAACUUCAGACCAGGGACCCAAGCACUUCUCAGCUGAUUUUGUCUGAGGGAGCCUUGCUCCAGGGAAGCCUGACUCAGGGAUCUUCAAGGGACUCCAAGUUGGCGCACGCCAGGGAUUGGGAAGGGCUUUUAGAAAUGCAGAAAAGUCAAUUGAAGCCUGGGACAGAUGAUCAAAAGGAGACCCAUCUUGGGAGAAUGAGCCUUGAAGAUGACGGUUUGGGGACAGAUGAUAGUCUGCACUCUCAGGGACAUGUUCUCUGUGAAUGUGACCCACAGGGACCAGGUAAAGGCCACAUGAUUCAUGCAGGGAAUAAUCUCUACAAAUGCAAGCAGUGUGGGAAAGGUUUUAACCGGAAGUGGUACCUUGUUCGACAUCAGCGGGUUCACACUGGAAUGAAGCCCUAUGAGUGCAACGCAUGUGGGAAAGCCUUUAGCCAGAGCUCAACCCUUAUUCGGCACUACCUCAUUCACACCGGGGAGAAACCAUACAAGUGCAUGGAGUGUGGGAAGGCCUUCAAACGCAGGUCCUACCUCAUGCAGCACCAUCCGAUUCACACUGGAGAGAAGCCCUACGAGUGUAGUCAGUGUCGAAAGGCCUUCACCCACCGCUCUACUUUUAUUCGGCAUAACAGGACCCACACCGGAGAAAAACCCUUUGAGUGCAAAGAAUGUGAGAAAUCAUUCAGCAACAGAGCACACCUGAUUCAGCACUACAUCAUCCACACUGGAGAAAAGCCCUACGAUUGCAUGGAGUGUGGGAAGGCCUUCAGAUGCAGCUCAGAACUCAUGCAGCACCAGCGGAUUCACACUGGGGAGAAGCCCUACGAGUGUGCCCAGUGUGGGAAAGCCUUUCAUCGGAGCACCUACCUCAUUCAGCACUCCAUCAUCCACACGGGGGAGACGCCAUACAAGUGCCUCGAAUGUGGGAAGGCCUUCAAACGCAGGUCACACCUUCUGCAGCACCAGCGGGUUCAUACUUGAGAGAAGCCCUCUCAGUGCCAUGAAUGUAGAAAGGCCUUCACCCACUGCUCCUGCUCUUUUGUCCUUCAUAAGGAGAUGCACACUGGAGGAAAAAAAACAAAAACAAAAACCCUUUCAGUGUAAAGAAUUUUUGUUGGCUCUUCAAACACAUGAGUAGUCACACUGGAGAUGAGGCCUGUGAUGCAGUGAACACGAGAAAGCCUCCAGCCACUGCUCUGCCCCCACUCAUCAUUGGAUUCAUACCAGAGAGAAUUUCGAGAAGGCAGGUCACCCAUGGUCCACCUCUGUCAACAUCAGAAAAAGCCCCAGGGGGAAACAUUCUGAACGCAACUACUGAGGAGUCUUUAGGCAGAAGAAGACUCUUACUUACCAUUUGAGAAUCAUAAUGAACAGGAACCACAUCGAUGUCAUUGCUGUGAGAAAACCUGUGGACAGGUCAGCACUUACUGUUAUGUCAAGAGUCAGAUGGAAGGGGACACAGCGUGGGCCUUAAUGUGCCCACAAGAAGCAUGUGGGAGACAGACAGUGGGCACUGUGCACUUACAAAGACCUCCGGCCACCGAUCUGCUCCUUGGUUGACACUUAGAAAAGCCAUCUCAGCAUUAUUUUUAAAAGAAUAAAAAGAAGGGAAUGGAAACCUAGACCCUAAACUGAAAAAACAAGUGUCUUCACAAACUCUUUCAGAUUUCCCUGCCAAACCUAUUAGUUUUUCAUCAGUUUUGUUAUUUUGGUGGGGGAAUGUUUGAGAGAAAGGGUCUCAGCCCUUUGUUUUUGUGUAUUCCCUGCUGUCCUGUGUCAGGAAGCUUGCACAGUGAGGACAGCUCUACAGAUGUUUGCUGGAAGCCUUGCUCCACAUCUCCGCCCACAAGGAGCAUCAUUCUUCGUGAGAAAUAUCAAGGCUGAGUCAUGAGAUACUGGAACUUAGAAGAAGUUAGACUUCCGAAAAUAACAUCACGUGCCACUUGCUUCUGAUGUUGUCUGAGAGAAGGAUCUGCAUACAACAGCCACGUUAAAACAUGCUCCCUCCAGACUGUUUAAGGCUUUGAUAUUUAUAAGUAAAACUCCUUGUUUGUGUGGUUUUUAAAUGCCUGAUGUUCUCCCUCACUUGUUUAUUCCAUUCUGCUCUUCUGUUUUCUGUAUU